UUUAUUUUCGUUUUGUUGACAAAUUAAAAAACAUGUUCUAAAGGAAUAAAAUAGGCUGAUAACAAUAUCAAUAUAAUAUUAUAAACUAUUCUUUAUUAUUUAUAUUUAAGUCACGGUGCAUUUUAGAAAUAGGAAAACGAUGUUUCAGACAAUAACUAAAUAAACAAUAGAUUUAAGUUUAAUGUAUUAAAUUAAUAAUGUGAUUAAAUUAAAAUGGCAGAUGUUAAGAUGAAAAUAAGUUUUCGUAAAGGUGUGUGCAGUGGAUGUUUAAGUCUAGAUCGAGUUACAAGUUCUAUUGAUAAACAGGAUCUUUUUAUAACGCUGUUAUCUAAGGAAACACAGUAUGUGGAACCUAAGUUCUUAAGUAUCCAGCUUUGUUGGGAAUGCAAAUCAAUGUUGCGAAAAAUAAGCCAAUUUCAGCAAAGAAUUUGUGAAGCACAAUAUAUAUUAAAAAAUUCCAUUAGUUUGGAUCAUAACACGUUUAUUUCAACAACAAUCUCAUUAUCUACAUUAAGCACAAUAUACAAUCCAGAAUUUGAUUUUAUAAUAAGUCAUGAUGAAGCUGAAAAGGAGACAUUAAAAUUACCAGAACCUCUACUUGAUACAAUAAAAGAAGAAAUAGAAGUGUUUCCAGAUACCCUUAAUGAUAAUGACUAUGACAAUGAUUUUGAUAGUAAUGAUUACAUGAAUAAUUGUGAUGUGAAUGAUGUAAAGAAUGAAAGUAAUAUUGAUAACAGAAAAGAUGUACAAAGUAAAGAGAAACAAAAACAAUGUGGCAGGUUUGAAAGGAGAGCAAUUGUUACAACAUUUGAUUUAGAUUUAAAAAAUCCACAUAAAUAUUAUAAUGAAGUUAAUGUAAGUAACAAUGAAAUUUUGCAAAUAUUGGACAAAGAGAAGAGCUCUACAAAAAGUUCAACAAAAUAUAGAAUAAAAUGUGAGUGUAAGAAUAGAUUUAAAAAAUUGUUAGAUAUGAAAAGACAUAUGGAUAUUGAUCACUUAAAGCCAAAUCCUCCAUAUAACUGUUCUGAAUGCUCUCAAAUGUGUGAAUCCGUUACUGAACUACACAGCCACUGGCAAACACACAAUAUUUUAUAUAAAUGUAUGUUUUGCUCGCAAUAUUUACAAAACAUCACAGAAAUAAAAUGCCAUUUAAUGAAUCACACCAAGUUGUAUACGUGUAAAAAGUGUGCAAUACAAAAUCAUUCAUCACACCUUUUUAGAGAGCAUUAUAGGAAGUAUCAUACAAAAUUCAUAUGCGAUUAUUGUGAAAAAGUAUUUCACUGUAAAAGACUUCUUGAAAAACAUAUUGUAAAAACUCACUUCCCUUCAAUAUGCCAGGUAUGCAACCGAAUGUUUAGCAAAUACCAUUCGUUAGAGGUGCAUUACCGAAACUUCCAUCCAGAAUUAAUAUACAAAACGGUCAAGCGCGAGUUGUCAUAUUGCGUUGAGUGCGACAGACAAUUUCCAAGCCAAUAUGUAUAUAAACGACACUUGAAAACGGCAGCGGCGCAUGUUCAGAAAAAAACUAUUAAAAUCCCUUGUCCGGAAUGUGGAAAGGUAUUCUCUCGUAAGGCGUAUAUGAAGAACCAUUACAAAUUGGUUCAUGUUAGAUCAUCAUCGCAUUAUUGCGAGAUUUGUAGUAAGCAUUUCAUUAGCGGAUUUUCACUUCGCACUCACAGGAAAUUUGUACACGAAAAAACUGCGAAGCCGAAAGACAAGAUUUGUGAUGUCUGUGGACGAGGUUUUCAUACAAAUCGGACACUAAUAAAUCACACAAGGACUCACACAGGCGAGCGACCAUACAAGUGUUCGUAUUGUCCUGCGGCGUUUGCACAGUCGUACGCUAGAAAGACGCACGAGAGGUCGCAACACAAACAUCUCUCAGACGCGAUAAUCAUUUACAGUUGAAUAAAAUAUUGCAUUCAAA